AAUAAAUAGGAGGGGGAGACACCGUGAUCCGCAGUCUCCACUCUCCUCCACCACAACCAUGACCAGACUUGUGCUCCUCCUCUUCAUCGGCGCGGCAGCCGCCCAGUCGAACUUCCAGUGCCCCCCCGACGAUGGCUACUACGCCGACAACCAGCAGUGCGAUAAGUACUAUGAUUGCUACCGCGGCACCAUGACCGAGAAGCUCUGCCCUGACGGCCUUGUCUUCGACCACACCCUGUCCCCGGCCGUCGAGCAGUGCAACUACCCCUUCAUCGUCGAGUGCCCCGAGGGAUCUUCCUUCCAGACUCCCAAGCCCUCCGGCAUUGAGUGCCCCCGCAUGAACGGCUACUUCGAGCACGAGGACCCCAGCAACUGCGGCGAGUACUACGAGUGCACUGGCGGCAUCCCCGUCCUCCGCACCUGCGCUGACGGCCUCGUGUUCGACGAGCUCACCGGCACCUGCCAGUGGGCCCACGCUGGCUUCCGCCAGGGCUGCGUUAAGAAGCAGGAGGUUCUCCCCGACGGCUUCUCCUGCCCCAACGACACCCAGAUCCACACCAACGGCCAGCAGCUGGACCACUCCCGUUACCUGAAGCCCAACGACUGCAGGUUCUUCUACGUGUGCGUUGACGGCAAGCACCCGAGGGAGGUGGGCUGCCCCGUGGGCCAGGUCUUCAAUGACCUCACUCUCCUCUGCGACGCUCCCGAGAACGUGGCCGGAUGCGAAAACUACUACCCUGCCGACGUGAUCAACGCCGUCAGGCCCGCCGCCCAGCAGCAGUAAGGCCCCGCACCCGUCCGCUGACACCUUCGUCGGAUCCAGACUUGGAGGGAGAUGUCAGCAAACACUUUCCUUCGCCCUCCUCACUAUGACACGAACGUAACCACUUUAGGUUCAGACUCACGCGUCGAGCGAAUAAAAUAAAAGACAUCCACCAUGACACGCGACGUCAGUCACAACGACAAAAAAAAUAUCAGAAAAUCCCCAUAACAGUUCCCCGAGAGCGCACCGUCGCUGCAAAAUGACAAAAAAAUAAUACUAAGCAGCUUUCUUAGUAGGAUAAGAUUUUAUUUGUAAUAAAAAAACAAAUUUAAAUUGCCAAAGGAUCCGAGUCGUCCCACAAAUCUAACAAGCCUGGUGAAUCUAGUCCACACAGGAUCACUGGAGCAGUUUCCAAGUCUUUGGACUCCAAUGUAUAGUAUUUCACGCCUUUUUUUGUAUAUGUAAGUACCUCUCUGUGUUACCUUUCCUCUCAGCUCCUUAGAGGACGCCAUUGUUUAUAUAGAAACCUGUACAGCUGUCCCAUUUCCCACUCUCUUGCAUUGGUCCUUCCUCCCUUGCUCUUUCUCCUUCCUUCCCUUCGCUCCUUAUCCUUAGUUUGGGCACCCUUCCCUUCCUACAACUUACGUUUCUCUUUCCCCUCUUCCUAUUGUUAUUUAUACCAGUUCCCAAACACCUGUUGCGUGUUCACAAUAAAGCUAUAAGAUUCGU